AGUGUGUAUUUGGUACCAUUACUUACAAAAUAUUAGGGUACAUUCAAUCUUUCAAACCARAAAAGGRYCAGUUCUAAAUARGCUGUACUGCUCUAUCAUGGAUAAUAAAAGCUUUUAUUAUCCAUGGCUCUAUCCACCAGAUUAUCCAGUUAUCCUUUUUAAAAAUCCAUACAAAAUCAAUAAAGUAGAUAACAGUAUCUGGUGAGAUCCAUAACUUUGUUMACUAAAAUGCAACCCAUCCAGCUAAAAAGCUUCRCUCUUUAUCAAGCUUUGCAGGAUAGUCACUAGCCUAUUUUACACUUGAAUCAAUUGCAUUAAACUCAUGUUAAAUCUAGAUAUAAUGCAAGUUAUCUGAUGAGGUACCAUCAUAGUCUUUGUACCUGUCAACAGCUGUCAUUUACUGGAGAUUGCACUUGUUGCACUUGUUCUUGUUCCACUUGUUUGUAAAGUUGAGAAAGUUGUAGUUGGAGACAUCUUAUAAAUCGAUGUUGAAAACAUUGUUUUUCUGCCUUAACAGAUUUUUGUGGAUAAUAAAAGUAGAUAAAUAAAAAGCAGCAAAAAAAAGUAAAAAAAAAUGAAGGCGAUCAUUUGGCUCAGCAGUAUUACAAUGACAGGUGAAUGCUUAUUGGACAGUUGUCAUACCGUUGGCGGUAUUUCCAAAAUGGCGGACAACAAGGUUAGGAAACCACAACAAAACAUUGUAACGAAAAGACCUUAUUUAAAAUUAUAACAUCUGUCUGACGCGGUAAAUAUCAACAACAAUGAAUCGUCGGGUAAUCUCUCCUACUGUUUUAAACACUUCGUCCCCCGAUCACACGUUGGAGGUGAUGCAAAGACGAAUACAAAUGGCUGAAGACGAAACGAAAAAACUUGUUGAUCAACUGUCUGAUUAUGGAUUUUCUAAAGAAAAAUACGAGAAGAAAGAUACAGCUUCUGGUAGAAUUGAUCCUAUAUCUCCAUUUAAAUCUGCUUUACCAUCAUCGCCACAAGUUGAAGUUUUGAAAAAGAACUAUGAACAAAUGGUUUCGCGUGUGUGUAGAGCAGAGAGUACGAUUCAAUCCAUGAAGUUAGCAAUGGUUAGUUUACAAGCAGAGAGAGAACUUAGCAACUUAGGUCAAGGAAACAGUGCUUCAAUUCCUAAAGAUGCUUAUGAUAAUGAAAUCAGAACGCUUGAGAAAGAUUUGAAGCAAUGUCGGAAGGAAUUACAGAGUGCAUUACAUGAGAAAAAUGAACUCAGAGAAAGUUUACAAAGAAUCCAAACAAAUUUAAAUAAAACUGAUGCGUUUAAUGCCGAGGCAAAAGUAAAGCUGGAAGAAUCUAAAGGCAUAAAGGAGAAGCUUAAUAAGAAAGUAACUGAACUAAAAGAAGAACUGAUGCAUGAGAAGGGACUUAGAAGUAGCCUUGAGAAUUCACACAACUCUUUACUGAGUAGAGUGAAUGACAUGGAAACACUUGUUGAUACUGAGAGGAACCAGGUACARCUGUUGUCUGGGGAAUGYGAAGGGCUGAAGAAGGAAUGUGCUGCUACAAAGCAGAAAUACAACGAGGAACACAGAUUACGGAUGCAGUUGGAGACAAUGGCAACUCAGCUUCAGGAAGACACAUCCAAUUCAGAUGCCACAAUCAAAACACUUACAACUUACAAAAAGAAUUUGGAAUCAGAUUUACACAUCGUGAAAAGAGAAAACAAAGAGUUAAGGCAACAGUUUGAAUCUUUGAGAACAAGUUACGAAAAACUUAAGAAUUCACAUGAAAAAGUAGCAAGUGAACAUAAGAGAACUAGUGAGGAGCUACGAGCUGCUACAGUUGAUAAUAARGUGUUAGUAAGUCAGCAAAAAGAUGCAAUUCAAAGGGAAAGACAAGCAAUGGCAGCCAAAUUAGCAGAGAAAGACAGAACAUUAGAUGAAGCAAAGAAUAUACUUGCUAGAGAGGUUCAUGAAGAAAAGGCAAAGAUGCAAUUGGCUGAUAGAGAAAGGGCAAACCUUAAAGCUGAGGUGAAAAGAUUAUCCGAAGAACUCCAAGCAGAAAGAAGCAAGCUACACACCAAAAAGCAAGAAGCAGGACUUAAGAUGGUUGAACUUGAGGAACGAAUUGACGAAGUCACUAGAGAAAGAGAUACGGCGUUAAAAGAAAAAUCACAGAUAUUGGAUGAGAUUGAACAAACAGUGACUGGAUUCACACAAGAAAGAGACCGAAUUAUUAAACAGCUUGAACAAGCACAGGCUGAGAUAGAAACACUUCAGCAGAAGAGAGGAAUCCUURAACAAGAAAGCCAAAAGCAGUUGGACAGAAUAUUAGAAUUGCAGAACCAACAGAGAAGUCAACAACAGAUUGAGGACACAAUGAAAGAUAUGAUGGAAACCAAAAAUAAAUUGGCUUAUGAGAAAGGCACCUUGCAGUCUAGAGUGGAGCAACUCCAGAAAGAAGUGUCCAAGUCUGAUAAUUUUAAGAUGCAACUUGAGCAAGUCAAGAGAGAAAACACUGGAAUGCAGAAUUCAUAUAACAAGGUUUCCUCUGAACUUCAAAAGUACAAGCUGGAAGUGCAGACUCUCCAAGGCCAACUCAGAGAGGGUCAAUUGAGAAUUGACAGCAGAGAUGAAGACCUCAGGACAGUCAUGUCGUCUCGUGAAGAAGCUUUACGAGAAGUAGAAAAGUUGGUGCAUCACACAGAGUCUAUGGAACGAAACAACAGACAAAAGAUGGAAGUAAUGCAGAAAUCAUUCAAUGAGGCUCGUGCAAAUAACGUAAAGCUUUCUUCAACAAUGGACAGCUUAAUGGCAUCUCACAGCGAACUACAAGAAACACUGGAGAGAAUGCAAACUGAACUAGGUAGACGAGAUGUGGAAUUAAAGGCAACACUUCGUGAAAAGUAAGUGCUUUGUGUUCAUCAUAGUCCAUGGUCAGAAUUCAAUUUCAGAAUUCAGCCUUUCUUUUCAAAACUUUGAGGUGCCAGUACCACAAGUUGUUUGGACGACACUUGAUGAAAGCGUUUGCGAUUUAGUGCGAAGUUGUAAGACGAGUUUGCGUCAUCUAAAAUCGACAGAAUUGAGACCAAACAAUCAUUCUUUAGAGAAAUUCAAAAAAAAAAAAAAUUGAAAACAGCUUUCUU